GUGACUGUAACGCGAGGAGGACCUGACCGAGGACAGCAGAGGAGACGAGCAUGUUCGUUUCCACACGGAAAAGACUUAAGCAAAAUCUCCAUUUGGUCUCUGUUUAACGUUAUUGCUGUCUAAAGGGUGAGAACAGCCUGACGGGUCAAAAAUGGAGAAUUACUCAACAGACCCACCAGAUGGUGGUUACAGCUGGGUCGUGCUCACCUCGGCCUUCUUCAUCAUGGGCCUCACUGCUGCUGUUCUUAAGAACUUUGGCCUGUUCUUCCUUGAAAUCCAAAGAUACUACAGUGUCCUUGCCAGUACUACCUCAUGGGUGACCUCAACCACUAUUGCUGUGUUUCAUUUGGGAGCUCCUCUUGCCAGUGCUCUCAGUAUACACCUGUCACAGCGUGCUGUUAUCAUGAUCGGAGGGCUUCUGGCUGCCUCAGGAAUGGUCUUUGCCUCUUUAGGCCUCAGUCUGCCUUGGAUGUAUCUGUCUAUGGGUGUGCUGCAAGGGCUUGGAAUCUCGUUAUCUUGGAUUCCAGCAAACAGCAUGGUUAACCAUUAUUUCAAACGCUGGCGUCCAAUCGCCUAUGCUAUCGCCAGCUCAGGAGAGUGUGUCUUUGCCAUGGUAUUCAGCCCAUUUUUUCAGUGGCUUAUUGAGAGCUAUUCUUGGCAGGGGUCUCUACUCAUCAUCGGAGGUCUUCAGCUGAAUCUGUGUGUAUGUGGGGCUUUGAUGAGACCACUCCAAGCAAAACCACCUUCACAAACCUCUUUCAAAGGCAAACUGGUGCUGGACUCUAAAGAGCAAAGCAGGACGUCAAGAGUCACUUUCCAAUGGUCUCUGAUCCAGAGGCCCGAGCUGCUGCUAUAUAUCAUGUUUGCCAUCUUGGCUGCUGCGGGUUUCUUCAUCCCACCUUUAUUUCUGGUGCCCUAUGCCAACAGCCUGGGCAUGGAGCAGUACUGGGCAGCCUCCAUUCUGUCAGUGCUGGCACUGGCAGAUCUAUUGGGCAGACUUGCAUGUGGAUGGCUUGCUAAUCUGCGGCUGGUGAGGAACCUGCAGUUGUUGUCCAUGGUGGUCACAGUGUUGGGGGUGGUGCUACUUCUGCUUCCCAUUGCACAGAACUACUGGGCCAUCCUGGUCUUCACUGUAUUCUAUGGCUUCCUGUUUGGCUGUGUGGUGGCCAUCCAUGUGACGAGUAUUGUGGAUAUUGUUGGACUGGAGGGGUUUAAUAGCGCUCUGGGGCUCUUCAUGCUGUUUCGGAGCUCUGGAGGAUUUGUGGGUCCACCUGCUGCAGGCUGGCUGGUGGACUGGGCCAACAACUUCAGUGCUGGUUUCUACUUGUCUGGUCUCUGCCUUGUCCUAUCUAGUGUUUUCGUGGUGCUUGUGGACCAGCUGGUGGAGAAGAAAAAACUCCCUGUCAGACAACCAGAUUCCUGUACUGACACCACUACAGAUCAUCUGAUAAAUAAAGCCAACCACACAGAUGUUUAAAAGUCACCUGUCACUGAAGAUAACUUGGCUAUGUUUAAUAAUUAUAUGAACUUUGGUCUGUUCAGAGCCUUACUAUAUUCAUGUUUUUACUUUGUCCGCGAUGCGCUGUUGUUGAUUUUUUUCAGUUUCUGUACAGUUUCACUCUCUAACAGCAGCACGGUGGUGUGUGCGUGUGUGUGUCUGCGGUUAUUGGCAUUUUCUCAAAAAUGGCUAAGUAUAUAUUUGUUAUUAUUAUUAUUGCAGAACAAAAACAUUUACAUACAAAUACAAACAAAGAGAAUUACAAUGUGCUCUCACUAUUACAACAGUACCAAAGUAAAACAAUAAAAUAAUAAUAAUAAAAAAAAUACAUAUAAAUACAUUGUCGGGGGAAUAAAAGUUUAAAAGAAUUAUUUAGAGAAAUGGCUUCAAAUACUCUAUACAAUACUUUUGCUUUUAGAGUCUUAAUAUAUUGCAACAACUCAGUUUUAUAUGGCAGAUGUUAGGUUUACUAUUUGCCCAUUUCUGUUUGUGAAUAUGGUAUUUUCCAUAUAUGAUAAAUAAAUUGAUUACAAAAUUUAGUUCAAAACUCUUGUUCUUAUAAUAUAAAAAAAAUAUCUUCACCUGUUAGCCGAAUCUUCAAUUUUGUUAGUUUAAAUAUUAAAUGUUCUAUGUCAAUCCAAAAUAAUUUGGUUUACAUACAUUCAAAAAAUAAAUGAUUUAUGGUCUCUAUCUCUAUGUUACAGAAAACACAUGUGAUCUCCAUGUCUUUGAAGAAUCUUGAGAUUAAUUGUUUCAUUGGGUUAAUUAAAUGUAUAAGUAAUUUCUUUAACAUUAUUGGUGAGACAGUAUUUACUAGGUAAUCUCCAAACAUUCUUCCAUUCAAUUUUAAAAUACUUUGAAAUCCAAUAUGCUUUGCAUCUAGGUAACGAAGUAUUUCUGCAGGUUGUUCUGAUAAAAAAUAGUUAAAUUUAUUUUCUAAAAAGUUGACUCCAUUCACUCUUAUUUGUGUAUCAUAUGAUGAAAGAUUCAUACCUCCAGAAGACAUGUCACCUGAUAUUAGUUGAAUAAGGCCAUCUGGAAUGGCAUCAAAUACUAUUGCAAAUUCAUUUGCAGUUAUAGGAAUCUGAUAAGGAAUAAGGAAUUCAUAGUAAUUAAAAAGUAGUCCAUCUUAAAUACAGUUGUGCUCAAAAGUUUGCAUACCCUUGGAGAAUUGGUAAUAUUUGUACCAUUUUUAAAGAAAACAUGAGUGAGCAGGCAAAAUACAUUUAUUUUAUUUCUUAUGGGAUUCAUAUUCAACUGUAGGUUAUGUCUGCAUAACUGUGUAUUGCCCCCUUUAGCAUCAAUGACAGCGUGCAGUCUUUUGUAAUAGUUGUCUAUGAGGCCCCAAAUUCUUGCAGGUGGUAUAGCUGCCCAUUCGACUUGGCAAAAUGCCUCCAGGUCAUGCAAAAUCUUUGGUCGUCUUGCAUGAACCGCACAUUUGAGAUCUCCCCAGAGUGGCUCGAUGAUAUUAAGGUCAGGAGACUGUGAUGGCCACUCCAGAACCUUCACCUUUUUCUGCUGUAACCACUGGAGGGUCAACUUGGCCUUGUGCUUAGGGUCAUUGUCAUGCUGGAAAGUCCAAGAGUGUCCCAUGCGCAGCUUUCGUGCAGAAGAAUACAAAUUGUCUGCCAGUAUUUUCUGAUAACAUGCUGCAUUCAUCUUGCCAUCAAUUUUCACGAGAUUCCCAUGCCUUUAGAGCUCACACACCCCCAAAACAUCAGUGAGCCACCACCAUGCUUCACACUGGGGAUGGUAUUCUUUUCACUAUAGACCUUUCUGACCCCUCUCCAAACAUAGCACUUAUGGUUGUGACCAUAAAGCUCUAUUUUGGUCUCGUCACUCCAAAUUACAGUGUGCCAGAAGCUGUGAAGCGUGUCAAAGUGUUGUCGGGCAUCUUGUAACCGGCUUUUUUGUGGCAUUGGUGCAGUAAAAGCUUCUUUCUGGCAACUCGACCAUGCAGCUCAUUUUUGUUCAAUUAUCGUCAUAUUGUGCUCCUUGAAACAACCACACUGUCUUUUUCCAGAGCAGCCUGUAUUUCUCCUGAGGUUACCUGUGGGUUUUUCUUUGUAUCCCAAACAAUUCUUCUGGCAGUUGUGGCUGAAAUCUUUCUUGGUCUACCUGACCUUGGCUUGGUAUCAAGAGAUCCCAGAAUUUUCCACUUCUUAAUAAGUGAUUGAACAGUACUGACUGGCAUUUUCAAGGCUUUGGAUAUCUUUUUAUAUCCUUUUCCAUCUUUAUAAAGUUCCAUUACCUUGUUACGCAGGUCUUUUGACAGUUCUUUUCUGCUCCCCAUGGCUCAGUAUCUAGCCUGCUCAGUGCAUUCACAUGAGAGCUAACAAACUCAUUGACUAUUUAUACACAGGCACUAAUUGCAAUUUAAAAGCCACAGGUGUGAGAAAUUAACCUUUAAUUGCCAUUUAAACCUGUGUGUGUCACCUUGUGUGUCUGUAACAAGGCCAAACAUUCAAGGGUAUGUAAACUUUUGAUCAGGGCCAUUUGGGUGAUUUCUGUUAUCAUUAUGAUUUAAAAAGGAGCCAAACAACUAUGUGAUAAUAAAUGGCUUCAUAUGAUCACUAUCCUUAAAUAAAAGACAUCAAGACAAGAAAUCAAUGCCAAAAUUUCACAAUUUCUGCCAGGGUAUGCAAACCUUUGAGCACAACUGUAACUGUCUCACCAGUAAAAUACCGUUAUCAUACCAGUUUCUGAAAAAUAAAGACUUGUUCUUAAACUGAAUAUUCUUUUUAUUCCAAAUAACAGAUUUGU